UCCAACGUCCUUUAUGGGCCGAUAAUGCUUUCCACCGACGUUUCUGAUGCCAUCGAAUUGAUGUUCGAGACCGGGUGGACCGAUGGCCUGCCGGUCGUGCCGCCAUCCGAACCCUUGGUCCGCCGGUUCGUGGAGAGCACUGGCCGCGGGGGCGACGAACUCAUCGCGGAGCUGCCGCCCCUUGGGCGGACGGGCCACCGUCGAGCGCAUCGCUGUCAACGCUGUCAUGGCGGGCUGUCUGCCGGAGCACAUGCCGGUGGUCAUCACCGCCCUUGAAGCGAUGAUGGACGAGCGGUUCAACCUGCGGGGCGUGAUGUGCUCCACCGGCAUCCACACUCCGCUGUUGAUCGUCAACGGCCCCAUCGUCAAGGAGCUGGACAUCAACGGCGGCUACAACUGCUUCGGCUCCGGUUGGCGCGCCAAUGGCACCAUCGGCCGCGCGGUCAAGCUGGUCCUGCUCAACCUGGGCGGCGCCAUACCUGGCGAGACCAACAAGGCCACCUUCGGCCACCCCGGCGCCUACACCUACUGCGUUGCCGAGGACGAGGACGCCAACCCUUGGGAGCCGAUGCACGUCGAGCUCGGCUUCGCCCCGACCGACAGCACGGUGUCGGUGUUCCCGGCGGAGGCGCCUCACAACAUCAUGUACCACGCCUCCCACUCGCGGAACUUCCUGACCGUUGUUGCCGACACCAUGUGCACCUUGGGCAACGUGCAGAUGUACGUCAUGGGUGACACCUUCGUGGUCAUUGGCCCCGAGCACGCCAAGUUCCUCCACCGCGACGGCUGGAACAAACGGGACAUCCGCCAGUUCCUCUUCGAGCACGCCCGCAAGCCGGUACGGAAACUCCGCCAGGGCGGCCCGCCCCAAGGCGACUCCCGCCGCGGCCACUUCUGGCCCAGGUACAUCGACGCCGACGACGACGACCAGAUGGUGCCGGUGGUCCGCGCCCCGGACCGCAUCAACAUUUUCGUCGCCGGUGGCGCCGGCGGCCCCCACUCGGCCUACUUGCCCGGCUGGGGCUCUCGCAGGGUCACGCGAAAGAUCCAACGUUGA